AUGGGAAAGAUCAACCGAUCGGCCACGUGCAUCUCUGACGAUUCGUCCAUCGCCAUGGCCGCCCAGACCGUCACUGUCGGCGUCCUCGCCUUGCAGGGCGCCUUUGUCGAGCACAUUUCGCUGCUGCAGCAGGCAGCCGCAUCGUCACCUGGCCUGGCCUUGCGCUCGUUUGACUUUGUGCAGGUUCGCACGGUUGACGAAUUGGGACGUUGUGACGGCCUCGUCAUUCCAGGCGGCGAGAGCACCACGCUCGCGCUCGUGGCCACGCGCUCUGGCCUGAUGGAUGGGCUGCGCCAGUUUGUCGGCGCCAAAAAACCCACCUGGGGCACCUGUGCUGGUCUCAUCCUCCUGGCCGAACGGGUCGACGCAGCCAAAGAAGGCGGCCAGCAGCAUAUUGGCGGCCUCGACGUCUGUGUCCACCGCAACCAUUUUGGCCGCCAGAUCAACAGCUUCGAGGCUGACGUCGAACUGCCCUUUUUGAAGGAUCUCUUCCACGCCGUCUUCAUCCGCGCCCCCGUCGUGUCCGAGCUGCUCGAUCCCGGUCAUGGCCACCAUCCGGUUCGUGUGCUUGGCCGCGUCAAUGGCGACAUCGUGGCUGUCCAACAGGACAAUAUCUUUGGCACGAGCUUCCACCCCGAACUCACCGACGACACGCGCAUUCACGCCUGGUGGCUGGAGCAAUUGUGUGGUGGUACGAAUGAAGGAUGUAUGAUAUAG